CCUUCAAAACGCGGCUCCACUGAGCUCCGCGCGCGGCGACGGGGCGAGCGAUUCCUGCAGAGACGUCGAUCAUGCAGAAGCUCUUGAUCCGAGGUGGGAAAGUGGUGAACGCGGACUGCUCCCAAGUGGCUGAUGUGUACAUCGAGGACGGGGUCGUGCGGGCGAUGGGGCCGCAUCUCCAGCCUUCCCCCUCCGACGGAGUCCAGGUGCUGGAUGUCUCGGACAAGCUGGUUCUUCCCGGCGGGAUCGACACUCACACGCACAUGCAGUUCCCCUUUAUGGGAACGCAGUCAAAAGACGACUUUUAUCACGGAACGAAGGCUGCCCUUGCAGGAGGUACCACUAUGAUAAUGGACUUUGCAAUACCUCAGAAAGGGUGUUCCCUCAUUGAAGCCUAUGAGCAAUGGAGAAGCUGGGCAGAUCCUAAAGUCUGCUGUGAUUAUGCACUACAUGUGGGAGUCACAUGGUGGAGUGAUCAGGUCAAAGAAGAAAUGAAAAUUCUUGCUCAGGAAAAGGGUGUCAAUUCCUUUAAGAUGUUUAUGGCAUAUAAAAAUCUCUAUAUGCUUAGAGAUCCAGAAUUAUUCAUGACCUUCAGUCAUUGUAAACAAAUUGGUGCAAUUGCUCAAGUUCACGCAGAGAAUGGGGACUUGAUUGCAGAGGGUGAAAAGAAGAUGCUGGCUUUGGGAAUAACUGGUCCAGAGGGACAUGAAAUGGCCCGACCAGAAGAAGUGGAAGCAGAAGCCACUUUGAGAGCAAUUACCAUUGCAAACUCAGUGAACUGCCCUCUCUAUGUUGUACACGUGAUGAGCAAAUCUGCAGCCAAGGUAGUGGCAAAUGCCCGCAGGCAAGGCAAAGUCGUGUAUGGUGAGCCUAUAGCUGCAGGCCUUGGUACAGAUGGCACUCACUACUGGCAUAAAGACUGGCCUCACGCGGCAGCCCACAUCAUGGGCCCUCCACUACGGCCUGAUCCUUCCACCCCAGACUUCCUCAUGAAUCUUCUAGCAAAUGGUGACUUGACUUUGACUGGAACAGAUAACUGCACAUUUGACAUCUGCCAGAAGGCUUUGGGAAAAAAUAAUUUCACAAAGAUCCCAAAUGGAGUGAAUGGAGUGGAAGACAGGAUGUCAGUGAUCUGGGAGAAAGGAGUGCACAGUGGCAAAAUGGAUGAAAACAGAUUUGUAGCUGUUACUAGCACAAAUGCAGCUAAAAUCUUUAACCUAUACCCAAAAAAGGGAAGGAUAGCUGUGGGCUCUGAUGCUGACAUCAUCAUUUGGGACCCCAAAGCUACAAGGACAAUCUCAGCCAGGACACAUCACCAGGCCAAUGAUUUUAACAUAUUUGAAGGAAUGAUCUGUCAUGGAGUACCCCUUGUGACCAUUUCACGGGGCAAAGUGGUUUUUCAAAGUGGAGUCUUUCAUAUCAAAGCAGGAGAGGGGAAAUUUGUUCCUUGUGACCCUUUCCCUGAAUAUGUUUAUAAACGGAUCUGGCAACGGGAUCAGGAAUGUCAGCCUGUUGCUGUCAAGCGAGCACCGUAUGUGGGAAAAGUGAUCACACAAACCACUGAACCAAAAUAACCUCCUGACAUAGCUGAUGUUAUUCAGGUCAAAACAGUUGAAAACUAGUCUGUGUCCUGGUUAUGCAAUCUGUUUUGGAGUCAUAUUAGCCUGCAAUUCUUGAUUUGAAUGCCUGAAGAUUUCUGGAUGAUAUACCAAUCUGGUGAAACUGUUCUGCACUCUCCAUUGGUGUUUUAAUCAUUGCUAUCUUUUGGGAAAUUACAGCAAGAUCAUCUCUCUGUCCAUGGACUUUGACUUCUAGAGAAAUCACUGUGGUUUUUCCAGCACCUGAUAAUCUAGUUCUCCGAUCUUCUUUUAGUAUCUGAUUUAUAGCAAUUAGAGCUAUCCCUGUUAGAUGACUUACGGCACCUGCCAUGACUGUCUGCUGGAAGAAAAUCUGGAGAGGAUGAAUUAUUUGAUUUGAACAGGAUGCAGCUCCUUAACUGCUAUUAACUCACCAGUCUUUGGAAGAAAUGUUCACAGCUUUAAGGCAUGAGUUAAUCCUAACAGUGAAAACAGUCAUGACUAAACUGGGGAUGUCACUUAGGAAAUGCCUAUACUUGAAAGCUAAGUGAAGACCUAAUCCAAAGCGCCCCCAACCCAUUUUCCUUACUCUUGGAAAACAGUACCUAGGUCCUGCUACUACACUCACUUUCAGGGUGUGUCCACCCAACACCUUUGCAGCAUUCCAGAAUCAGAUCUGGUUCUAUCUAUUUGCAUGGCAUGGAACCAGCUUUUUGGCUCUGUUCAUAUGUAUUUAAUAAGAUUUUGGCUCUGCUCUGGUUUACUGAACCUGGAGCAAAGCUGGAUCAUCCCUAAGCACUUUUUGCAAUGCUUAUAGGUGACCAGUUUUUCUGUUGGCAUAGCUCUUGCCUUGCCAUCUGAAGACAACUGAACCUGGCUUUUAAAUUUUUAAAAAAUGCAAUGGAUCUGACUUGAGGAAUUUAUACUAAACAUUCUAGUAUAACAUACAUACUAAAUGUCUUUUUUCCUUGCCUCCCUCAAAAAAAAAAGGAGGGUCUGCAUUUUAGAAUGUACAUUUUGUUAUUAUUGGAUAUGUGUAGACUCAACCAUUUGCUGGGGAAUUCUGGGAGUUGAAGUCCACAUAUCUUAAAGUUCCUGAGGUUGAGAAACACUGGUGUAGGGACAGGGGUAGUCACCUCAGUCUAAUUCUAAUUGGCUUAGGAUAACUAAAACCCUUCAUUUCAUAUUAGGUCUUUCAUCUGUGGAAAAUAAAACAAGAAAUGGAAAACAAGUAGAGGAACUGAAGAUACUUGGUGAUGAUAUAUCAGGAAAGAAAAUAUCCAUCCACAUAACACAAUAGGGCAAAAAGUGAAGGAGAAGAGAUUGGACAAAUCUUUUAGAAGGCUAAGGAAGCAAACUGAAAAUAGUAUUGAAAGAAAUUGGGCAGCAUAUACAUUUAAUACAUUAUUAUUAUUAUUAUUAUUAUUAUUAUUAUUAUUUACAUGAAAAGGAACUGAUACUUUGACGUGGUAUCAGGAAAUAGUUUGUUCAACUGAGUGACCUCAUUCUGCAGUGAAAAGUGAACUAGUAUAAAGGAAAAAAAGCAAAUGUUUUUUAUUUAUUUUUCACUCAUAGAGCCAUGUAUUUCUUUAAUGGUUUCCAAAAUUCAUAUUGAGGCAAUCAGUGUUUUGCAAAACAGGCACAAACAUUUGAAGUUCCAGGAGCUUUUCACCAGGCAAAACAGUUUAAGAACCUAUGACUAAU